CUUUCCUGCUCACAGGACUGGAUAUUAUUCUAUAUGCUAAACCGGUAGACAGCUUAAGUUCAUCCAAUUGCGUUACGUAGAUGGACUUAUUCUGGACUGCUCCUCCAGUUGCGAGGACCCUCACUGCACUGACAUUUAUCCAAUCCAUAUUGAUUCAUGGUGGCAUAAUUCGCUACCUUCAUGUCUUGUUAUUGCCAAAAUUUAUUUUCAGAUUUCCACCUCAGUUAUGGAGGCUGUUUACGCCCUUUCUACUAACUGGACCGGGCCUUAGCUUUGUUCUUGAUCUCUAUUUUAUGUAUACCUAUGGCAGUGCUUUGGAAACAGGCUCGCCUCGUUUCAGCUCACCAGGCGACUUUUUGACAUAUGUGUUCUUUGUAGGCACUGUCAUCAUGCUCACCGCAGGUUUCUUGUUGAAUGGUGUAAUUUUAACUUCCGCAUUGAUUCUGGCAUUUAUUUAUACAUAUGCUCAGGAUAAUCGAGGUAGAAGGGUGACGUUCAUCAUCAUACAAAUACCUGUCGAAUUUUUGCCAUGGGCCACGUUGGUCCUCACUCUGGUGCUUGCCGGGUGGCCAUCGGCAUUAAUAGAAUCCAUGGGAAUUAUCGCAGCGCACUUGUAUGACUUCCUUACACGCUUGUAUCCAACCUUUGGUGGCGGGCGAAACUAUAUUACCACACCAGGGUUCGUGAGGAGACUCUUCGUCACCUCCGCCCGUGGUGGUGAAUACCGGACCUACGGGACAGCUUAUCGUUCGAGUGCACAACCCCGGGAUUCGUCAUCUAGCGGUUGGACCUCGUCUCUGCAAAAUCCGUGGAGCAGCAGAGGCGCUGGUAGGAGACUAGGCGGUUAAGGAACAUGGAGCAUCUCUACAUGAAAACAUCCUUUGGAAGCAUAGCUGAACCAUUCGGUGUGCAUUUUAGCACUGUGGUCAAUUGUUUAAUAGUUUGAUAACACAUAUGGCUUUAAUACCUGUUAUCAUUGGCAAGCAGGCAUACUCCGGACUCCGUACUAGGUAGUAAUUACGACUUGUAAA